UGCACUCUCCCAAGAAAAAAAAAAAUCUCUAGCAUUACACACCAAACUGAGCAUGUGCAGAGUGACUCCACACGAUAUGUCUUAUCAGGAGAUAAGAGGGGGACACUGGAAGAAGGGGAGGAUCAGAGAAGACAGGAUCAUACAGCAUUUUUACACAACACAAGGGAUUAACCCCUUAGGUUCCACACUGAGUAUAACAAGCAUGCUUUACUGCCAGGGGCGGACUGACAACUCAUGGGGCCCCCGGGCAAUAGAGGAUCAUGGGGCCCCUGUGUCCUUGCCCAAACUCAAAAAAGCCUAU